AUGCCUCCCCGUCGGCCAUCCGCUCAGAAUAUUCAAGAUGCUCUCCGCCGCGAUGUCGAUUUUCUGUCUCAACAAUUCGAAGAAUUGCGAGCACAAAAUCAAGAGAUCCUCGGUCUUCUGCACGAUCAGCAAGAUCGACACCGCGCCGACCGCCGUCGUGAGCCACACCGCAACGACCAAACCGCUGAUUCUGAUGAGGAUACAGUUACCAUGGAAAAUCCUUUUGCUUCUUUGGAUAACGAUACAAGAUCCGAUGAGACCCGUCGUUGGGAAGCAGGCUUUCGUCUCGAUAUUCCAGAAUUCACCGGUGAAUCUGGCGCCGAGGCCUUCCUUGAUUGGUUACACGAGGUGGAAGAUCUUUUAGAGUUCAAACGGGUUCCUGAGGAUCGCCGUGUAUCCUUGAUUGUAACCCGUUUUCGCGGCCGCGCAUCUGCGUGGUGGCACCAGUUCAAGCUGCUACGUCAACGCCAAGGAAAACCUAAGUUGACUUCAUGGUCGAAACUGCUUAAACACCUCCGCACUGAGUUUCUGCCAUUUAAUUAUACUCGAACUCUAUAUCAGCGUCUCCAAAAUCUUCGUCAAGGCACACGAACUGUGGAUGAAGACUUUUAUCAGUUACUAGCACGAAACGACUUGUCGGAAUCCACCGAUCAGAUCGUAUCCCGAUACAUUGGGGGCCUUCGUCUCCCUUUCCAAGAUACACUUAACAUGUUUGCUCCCAUCUCUGUUUCCGAAGCUCAUCAACGGGCUAUUUUACUCGAGCAACAGUUGGCUCGUCGCCCUCCACCAGUUCGCAAUUCAACGCUGGAGCCGCCAACCUCUCGAGCCCCCGUUCUACCACCUCGCACUGGUCAGUGUUUCAAUUGCGGGGAACCAGGCCAUCGUCAAGCAGCCUGCCCCAGAGCUAAGAACUCUCGCGGCUUACUCACUAACCCUCAGGUUGAUAUGGAGUAUUCUGACCCACCAAUCUAUGAUGAAGAACCAUUGACAGAAAUCCCUGAGGAGCACUUACUACCCGAUGUUAGCGCUGCCCUUGUGCUCCGCCGCACUUAUCUAACGCCUCGAGCCGCUGAUGAUCAUCAGGUUCAUCGCAAUUUAAUUUUUCAAUCUGCGUGCACUAUUAAUGGAAAAGUUUGUCGCUUCAUUAUUAAUACAGGCGCUUGUGAAAAUGUCAUUGCUUCGGAUGCUGUUGCCCGACUCGCACUCACCACCGAACCUCACCCCCAACCGUACUCCCUUGCUUGGCUUCAACAUGGUCAUACCGUUCUUGUGAAUCAUCGUGCUCUGGUGACUUUUUCGAUUGGCAAUAAAUUUACAGAUUCUCUUUGGUGUGAUAUUGUGCCCAUGGAUGCCUGUCAUUUACUAUUGGGCCGUCCCUGGCAGUUUGAUCGAAGUGUUAUGUAUGAUGGUCGCCAUAACACUUAUUCUUUUGUCCACGAGGGUGUGAAAUUGGUACUUUUGCCGUCAAUACCAUCAUCUGUUCCCGCCACUUCUCCACCUAUAGUGUCGGCACCUUCGCCUUCCAACGGCCGUGUUCUGCUCCUUUCUCGAAAUAAUUUUUUUCACGAAUGGGAUGCAGAUUCACCUAUAUUUUUACUGCUUCCACAUGAGGUAACCACUUAUCCGAUUUUACCACCUCUGAUUUCUGAUCUCCUAGCAGAAUUUGCAGAUUUAUUUCCUGCUGACCUCCCUGGUGGGCUUCCUCCUUUACGGGAUAUCCAACACCAUAUUGAUCUUAUCCCGGGAGCGCCGCUGCCUAAUAGACCUCACUACCGCAUGAGUCCCUCUGAGCACGCUGAGCUUAGACGUCAAGUCGAAGAACUUCUUCAGAAAGGCCUCAUUCGACAAAGCUUGAGCCCUUGUGUUAUUCCGGCAUUACUCAUUCCGAAGAAAACUGGCGAGUGGCGUAUGUGUUGUGAUAGUCGCGCUAUAAAUAAGAUCACUGUCCGUAAAUUGGAUUUGCGGAGCGGUUAUCACCAAAUCUGUAUUCGUCCUGGUGAUGAAUGGAAAUCGGUCUUCAAGACUCGUGAAGGCCUUUUUGAGUGGUUGGUCGUUCCAUUUGGUCUAUCUAACGCGCCCAGCACUUUUAUGCGCGUAAUGAAUCAAACUCUGCGGCCGCUUAUCGGCACGUGUGUGGUCGUAUAUUUCGACGACAUCUUGAUAUACAGCAAGUCAGAAUCUGAUCACCUAUCUCACCUAUGUGCCGUACUGCUCAUUCUCCGCCAAGAACGUUUCUUCGCCUCUCCGAAUAAAUGUUGUUUUGCCGUCACUUUGGUCCUAUUUCUUGGCUAUCGAAUUUCUGCUGAAGGUAUUAGCGUUGAUGACUCAAAAAUUGCUGCUAUUCGCGAUUGGCAGACGCCGACUACCUUGACCGAAGUUCGUAGUUUCCAUGGUCUUGCCUCCUUCUACCGGCAUUUUAUCGCCCACUUCAACGCGAUUUCAGCCCCUAUUAGUGAUGUCAUGCAUGGCAAAACAUUCAUUUGGACUCCCGAAGUUGCAGCUGCAUUUAGUCUUCUCAAAUCUAAACUCACCAACGCCCCGUUACUAGUGCUUCCAGAUUUUGAUUCACCAUUUGAAUUGCACUGUGACGCCUCGAAGGCGGGCAUAGGCGCUUUACUUAGCCAAGGGGGGCGUCCUGUCGCCUAUUUUAGUGAGAAGCUCACUGGCGCUCGCACACGAUAUAGUACAUAUGAUGUCGAGUUUUAUGCUAUUGUGCGUGCUGUUCGUCAUUGGCGCCACUACCUCUUUCAACGAGAGUUCGUAUUAUUCUCUGAUCAUGAGGCCCUGCGGUUUCUUUCAAGCCAAGAUUCCUUAUCCACUCGUCAUGCCAAGUGGUCUUCUUUCCUCCAGCAGUUUACCUUUGUUCUUCGACAUAAAUCGGGGGUUUUGAACAAAGUUGCUGAUGCCUUGAGUCGUCGUUCUAUGCUUCUUGCCGAAAUGCGUAUUGAUGUUGCCGGAUUUGAUGAAUUCCGCCAUUUAUACUCCACCGACAGUUAUUUUGGCCAAAUCCUUAUGCAGCUAACCUCUUCUUCAGACCCCAAAUUUUCGACGCAUGAGGGUUUUCUUUUUAAAGGGCUUGCUUUAUGUAUUCCAGCAUGUAGUUUACGCGGCAAGCUUGUUGCUGAAAUUCAUAAUUCUGGUCAUGUUGGUCGUGAUCGUUCUGUUGAACUUCUUUGCGACAUUUUUUUUGGCCUUCUGCUCGCAAAAAUAUGA